CCAGUGGUUGCAGCUUUUUGACCACUUUUGCCACCUUUACCUUAUUGAAAUUGCCACAUUUCACCACUUAGAUUUUGGCUCUUGCAAAGGUAUUUUUCAAAAACUUGGCUCUCCUGUUGGGCAGGGUUGAGCAACACUGCACUAAAUGCAAUGCUGUUUAAGUGGAUCUGUUUGGGGAGAUAUAAUAUGGUUUUGAGUGCCUGGUUUCCUUUUGAAAGACAUUUGUGAAGUUUCUGACACAUAAGUGAACUUUUCACUUGUAUUUAAAGUUCAGAGGAAGUGUGCCAAGUGUUUUUGACUGUUUGAAGUGUUUCAGAAAGUCCUCAUGACUUGAGAACAGUCCAUAAACAGAGCUGCUCAUCAGGCUCGAAAACAAGGACUGGAUUCAGUUGUGAAAUCAAUGAAAUCGGCUCCAGAGCGCCGCUGUGCGAACUUCUUCUCACGCCAAGUUGUAAAACCAGUGUGGGAGAAUAGGACGGAGCCUCCGUGUUGUUCCUGAAAGCCGGCACGGCGCUGAAGUAGUUUAGUGUAGCACGAGGGCGAGAAAGGGGGGGUCCUUGUUGCAACAUCAAACACUGUGUCGUCACUGGUCAGCGAUACGUGCAGCAGGCACUGCCUGUUCCAAAAUAAAUAUUGUUGUAUACAAAUGAGCUGCCCGGACAUAGGCGGGCCAAUCACAGCCCAUCCUCUCAUCACACCUCUUCAUUCAUAAGAGCCGAUGCGUCAAACACUCAGAGGAGCCGGCUAUAAAUACGGCUGCGCGCAACGCACAGUUAGACAUUUUCCCCAAAUCAAAGGAAAGAGACAACUGAGCAAGAAGCGGAACCGUUUACCUUUCAUUCUUCUUCUACCUUGCUCCACGUCUUAUCUCCUCUCUUUAGUAUCCUGAUCACUAUGUUGGCAAUGGGUGGAUUUUAUUCGCAGCACGUCUUGGUGGCAGUGCUGUGCUCCGCGUUGGCCAUCGGCACGUUAGGGUCCCCGGUGCUGGGGCCAGAGCCGAUCCGGUGCGCCCAGUGUACUCAAGAGAAGCUGAGCCAGUGUCCAGCGGUGGCGCCCGGAUGCGCCGAGGUGCUUCGGGAGCCCGGCUGUGGAUGCUGCCUCGCUUGCGCCCUGACUGCCGGGGAGCUGUGCGGGAUCUAUACUGCGCCGUGUGGCUCCGGACUGAGGUGCACCCCGAGACCCGGCGACCCCCGGCCGCUGCACUCCCUCACCCGGGGACAAGCUGUGUGCACGGAGAGCACUGAGCCAGAGGCGACCCCCGAGCCCCAGACACCAGAUCAGGGAGAGCCAGAGCCGGAGAUGGAGAACGCAGCCAUCACCUCGGACCUCGGCUCCAGCAACUACCUCCCCGGGCACACUAAGCCCUACGACCCGCGGGCUGCUGCGGACGCUCAGGACAGCAUGAAAGCCAAACUGAUCGCCAACCGAAAGAGGCUGACCGACCAGGGGCCGUGUCACAUCGAGCUGCAGAGAGCUUUGGAGAAGAUUGCCAAAUCUCAGCAGAAACAAGGAGACCGAUUAACCAGAUUCUACCUCCCCAACUGUGACAAACGCGGCCUCUAUAAACCCAAACAGUGUGAAUCUUCUCUGGACGGGCAGAGGGGUCGAUGCUGGUGUGUGGUCGCCUGGAAUGGAAAGAAGAUUUUAGGUUCGACUGAUCUGCCUGCAGACGCCGAGUGCCCUUAAAAGAGAUCAACCACUGCUGAGAUCUCACACAAAGAAGAACAAGAACAAGCAAACCACUGAUUUUUCUUUUUGAAAGCUGUUUAUUUAUUGAUCUCAUCCAUGGUGGUGUUUAAUUCAGGUACACUGUCAUUAGGGGACUAAUGCCACGUUUCCACUUAGGUAUGUUUACGGCCAACAGGAAGUCCAGUCAUCCCUAUAGAAAUCCUUAUCGCUGUUCUGACAUGCCUGCAAAGCUCCUCAUCCAGAAUUGCCUUGUGCAUGUUAAAAAAUACUAACUUUUGCGUUGCAUUUGGGAGAGACAGUAGGACGGUGCACUAGCUCAGCAAACAGGCGAUUUCUCUCGAUUCAGAUGGUUGUCAAUGAAGCUGUAUGUAUGACGGCAUAUUAGGGCUAGUCUAAAUCAUUUUGAAAUUAAAAAGGUUUUAGUUUAUUAGGUUUUGAAUUUACAAGAAACUAAACUCAGAACUUCUGAGUUUUAGGAGAAAACACUUGAAAUAUUUAUUAUUUAUUAAAUUUUUUUUAAACUCCAAAAUAUCAAACUUUUAAAGUCAUAAAUUUACAAGAAUUUCAAUUAGAGACACUUGUUUUCUUUAGUUUAUGGCAAUGCCAAUUCAAAGUCUGAAAGCUGAUAUUAAUGAGAAUUCUGGGCUAAAACCACAAGUUUUUCCUCACUGCUUUAGCUCUGUAAAACAGUUUGAUUAGGCUAUCUGCUGCAUACCAGCUUUUCUGGUAUGAUUUUCUUCUGUGCAAUAGGCUUUUUUUGACUUUAUAAUCCAAAGAAUUCUAAGUUGUUGUUCUUGUAAAUCUAUGACAUGUGGAACUUCAUAAUUUUGAGCUUUUAUCUUGAAAAAUUACAAUUUUUAAAUGUGAACAUUUGGAGAAUUUUCAGUUAAGUUUGUGACUUAAAAUGCUCAAAAGACUUUUAUCUCCAAAAGUCUGAGUUGUUAUUCUUGUAAAUUUACAAAAUGUGGAAACAUUUAUGCCUUUUUUAACUUUAAAAUCUUUUAGUAUUUUUUUGUAAAUGCAUUACUUAAAACCCCUCAAAAUUCUGAACUGGGGUAUCAAAAAACUUCAACUUAUAAUCUCAAAUGUUUGGAAUUUUCUCUUACAAUUCACCUCUUUUUUCUUCAUUUAUUUUUUUUUAGAUUUGCCCUAAUAUGCUCCAAGAUGUUCUUGACAGUUUGAUAUGCAUUUAAACCUUAACAUGAACGUUUAGAAGGCAUAGUUGCUGGAGUGCAGGCAUAUGGUUCGUUCAGCCUUCGUGAAAUAUUACACAAAAACUCUACGCCCCUGGCAGGCUGGCGUCUUAACUUACUUUUUAAAGAGCAACAUUAGUCCUGCUUUGUCCCAGUAAUUCUCCAAACUACCUAAUAGUGGAAAACACACAAAAUUAGCAUCUCUUGCUUGGCUACAGGUAGCUUUGAUCACACAGAAAUGCACUUCCUUGUGUUGGACGCUAGGAGGCAUGAUCCGUAUUUUUACAGUCACAUGCGUAAGUGGAAACACAGCGUGAAGGUCCCGACCACCCUGAACCCCCCUCCCUUCUCUUCAAACACCCGUCCCAAAGAGAAAAAAAAUCUAUUUUUGUUUUCUGAAAAGGAGAUUUUUUAAUAUUGAUGCAUUUACUUCUACUCUUCAGCCUUAUUUAUUUCCAAUUUAUUUGUUAUUUUUAAUUAUUUCAUGAGUAUUUAUAUCUUUUUUUGCCUUAUUGUUAUUAUUAUAUUAUUAUUUUUAUGGGUGUAUAGUGUAUAUAUAUAUCUUGGCCCUGAGUAACUCCACUGCUGAGUUGAGCUCGCUCUACCCUUAAGGAGUUGUUUGGAGGUUUGGUUUGUGAUGAAACUGAGCAAGAACAAAAAGCACUGAGUGACCAAAUGUCAUUUAGAAGUAUUUCUAAAUGUUGUUUUUAUGAUUUAUUUUCACAUUGCUGCCAUUUUUAUGUCUUUUUUUGUAAUUGUUUCUUUUUGAACUGAUGUGACACAUGAUCAGAAUGCAAAACUCUCAGUCGGUAAUCCUUCAAACAGUCUCAGAAAACAUUUCCCAUGAUUCCAUGGGGCUGCAGAUAGCAUGACGGGCUGGCGCGUGGCUGCUCCGCCUCUCAGACGGGUAUUUCUACAUUAACCUACCUCCGAUAUUUAUGUGUCUGCUGUCAGUUGUGUUGUUGUGUGUGUCAAAAAAAGACGUGCUGUUUUACUUUGUGUUGCUGUUCUCUCUGACCAAGAACACAUGACCACAAUGAGCGAGUCCCGCAGUGAACCCUGCCACUCGCCUCCAUCCACAUGCUGCUGUUGGAGAGAGAAAUAUUAUGUGAGUCUAUUCCAAAGUGACUAACUGCUCACUCGUGUGUAUGUACACUUUUGUAAUUGAGAUGUAAUGUAAAAAAAGGUGAUAUAUUUAAUAAAAACAUUAACCUCA